UGAGGCUCUGGCUCAUGUUUCAGGACCAAGAUACCCUCCUCCUAUGCCCACCAUGCCUUCCCCAGACACUUUGUGAGCUCUCAAUCUGCCCCUUGCCCUAUCCCUGCUCCCCUUGACACAAGCAUUUUCUGGACCUUCCAGGCCCUGAUGCAGAGACUCUGGGCCAAAUCCCGCUGUGGCCCACUGUGUCCAUGGGUGGAGGGGAACGUGUGUGUGUGAGCGAGCCAGGGGUUUCGCAGGGUCCAUACAGCCGGAGGAGGACAACGGGCAGAGAUCUCGCUGCAGCUGGUCGCGUUCUGCUCGGCUGCAUGCUCCGGGCUGAUCAGACCCCUCCGCCGCAGAGAGUCGAGCAGCCACGGGUGGCGACUGGGGAAAGUGGCGGCCCGGUAGCCGCAUUAGGGGAAGAAUCUCUUUGGUGAUUGGGCGCCAUUGUUCCCUUUGUGACGGGGGCUGUAUAAAUAACCGGCCCUGCGGGGAGCCCGCUACACUCGCCCAGCCAACGAGGGGGACGGGGGGCGGCGGGGAAGUUUGUCUCCGACCCAGUGCACCCGGGCCCCUUGUGACUGCGCCGGGCAGCAGCUGCCCCAGCAGCGGGGAGCCCCACCCCGGAGCCGCUGGCGGGGGGGAAGCAGGUGGCACGUCUGGCUGCUCCAUGGAUUCCGAUGUGGCCUCCACAUCCAGCCGAGCAUCGUCCCCAGAGCUGGAGGAAGCCGGCAGCCCCGAGCUCCCGCCCAGCCGAGUGUUCGAAGCCCUCUGCCGGGAGCCAGGGGCUCCCCAGCGGCGGCCCGGGGAGCCCAGCCCCAGCGGCCCGGCCGGGGGGAAGCCCCGGGCCAGCCGGCAGGAGCAGUCGGGCGAGCAGCAGCGGCUCAAGGUGAACAGCCGCGAGCGCCGGCGGAUGCACGACCUGAACCAGGCGCUGGACGGGCUGCGGGAGGUGAUGCCCUACUCGCAGGGGCCGGCGGUGCGCAAGCUCUCCAAGAUCGCCACCUUGCUGCUGGCCCGCAACUACAUCCUCACGCUGAGCAGCUCCCUGCAGGAGAUGAGGCGGCUGCUGAGCGAGCUCCACGCCGGGCCCCGCAGCCACCCGCUCCCCCAGGCCCGCCCCAUGCACCCCGCCGCCGGGGCGCAGAGCCUGCCCCCCGCCGCCUGCUCCCUGGCAGCCGCAGCGGGGUACCCGGGCUGCCGACCGGCUCCGCAAGAGACUCACCGCACGGCAGCGGGGCCCCUGGGCCCCUUUUACAGACACUACUCCGGCUUGCCCUGCCUCUGCUCCGUGUGCCAGGCCGCACCCCAGGAGCUGCCAAGGACGGCCGCCGCCCCGUCCUGCCUCCGGGCAAGCAAGUAACGCCGGAGGCUUACCCUGGCCGCAGAGACCCAACGCCAAGGCGUUAAUAGGGUCAGCGCCGCAGAACGGGCACCGCUCUGACAAGGAGAGUCCUUGGGCUGGGGGGGGGGGGGAUGGGAUAGCGCUAUCGGUGCCCUUCCAUUUACAAACCUCGCCAGUCUCCUCCUGAUCGUGUAACUGACACUUAUCCCCUCAAGACUCUGCGACACGCUCUGUAUCCAAACCUGCAGGCAGCCGGAACCCUAGGACAGUUCCCAAGGCUGGUGAGAGAAGAGCUUGACUGAGGUGGCCAUUCAGCUGUGACACGUAGCUUUGCCUUUCUUCAGUAAAUGCAACGUACCUGGAAUUUUCAUUUUUACUGAUAAUAAAUAUAGUCAUCUUAGUCAAUGGA